CUGUAGUACCGUUUUCAUCUCGUGUCGUGCCGUCCGCGCACCGACACUCCUCGAGAACGUAGCCGCCGACAAUCUGACAUCACAGUAUCAAAUGUACACUCGCAGUCGCGCGUCGUAGUCAUCGCCAGCCCACUUAUCUAUAGUCGCCGUCGCACCCGUUUCCGACCGACACAUCCGCACGAGACAUUAUCAACAAUUAUCAUUAAACAGGCGAUAGUCGGCAUUCCGUAUUUCCGCUUUGCAGUUCGCGAUCUCACCAUAUUGGUUACGGACGUGCGGGAUUCGCGUCGACCCUUUUACUGUUGUUCCACCGCGAUCGGUGUUACACGCGCUCAGUGCCAGCGUGAAUCGUAGCUCGCUGAUUAUUAAUUAAUAAUAUUAUCGCCAGCAGUCGUUUUGCGUUAAACGAGAAUCCGUCGCGCACACACCAUGGCCAAGAAGACGUAUGAUCUGUUGUUUAAACUGUUGCUGAUCGGCGAUUCGGGUGUGGGCAAGACGUGCAUCCUGUUCAGGUUCUCGGACGACGCGUUCACCACGACGUUCAUCUCGACAAUCGGUGAGAGACAUUAAAGGAUACAUAAAUGUAAUUUCCAGGAUAAAAAAAAAAAACCGUAGGCACGUCACUACUUUGUCUCCUUCGCGGGCCCGCCGCUGUUGAUCGUUUUUGUCAAUCGGAAUAUCCCGGGCGUCGAUGCACAAUGCACAUUCCGCUGUGUAUUACUCACGUUGCCCUUCGGCCUGCACCUCUCUGCCUCCGUUUUUCUAAUUUAUGUGAUGCCUACCUUUUUUUGUAUCUGUUGCUGCCCCGGCCCCCGCCCCCGCCCCCCACACAAAUAAUAAACGUUACCCGGUUACCUUUAUACAAAAAGUAUUACAUCAUCCGAGUUCAAGACCGUAUCUUCGGGUUUAGACAUCUAAUAUCAGUCCGUUACGCGACGACCUUGUGAUUUGUUUUAAAGUUGACGUGAACAAAGUACCUAUUAUUUCGUACGAGUGGUGUAAACUCAGCGAUUUGUUAUUUACUGAACCCAAACAUAGGGUCAAAAUAAUAAAAUAUUGCUCAUUUUUCAUCUACUAACAACAGGAUAGGUUUCUUGUUCAUGAAAUCCGUUGAUAUUUUUUAAAUAUUAUUACCACCUAGGUAUAAUACCUAUAAUACAUAGUACAUACAACUCUCUGUACCUACUUACCCAAGAUUAAUUUACAUCCGAGGUUAAAUAUUAUUAUUGUAGUAGGUAGGUUAUUGGUAACCUAUUAAUUGCUAUUGAAUUAUUUUCAACGUGAAAUAUUGUGGAUUAAGUUAAUAUAUUAUUUUGUGGAAUGCAAUUUAAAGUGAAUUAUUGCAUUUCAAAUGAUAUCUUUAUUUUAUCGAGGUCGAUUGCAUUUAGUUGUGCGAUUACAGUGAUGUAAUAAGCACUUUAUUAGUAAUAAUUUUAUUUUAAAUGUCAAUCUAUGAUCAUUUUUUUUUUUUUAUAAUUCCAAGAAAAUCUAUUCAAUUAUUUUCUUUGUUAUUUUAAUAUGUUAUUUCAAGAUUGAAGAUCAUUUACCUACCUAUAAUAAAAACAGAGGUUUACCUACUGUAUAACAAAAAGGAAAAUAUAUACCUAGAGCAGGUGUAAAGUCCUUCAACUUUGCCUACCAUUAUCAUUUAAUGUAUUUAUUUAAAUAAAAAUUAAAUUAAAUAGACAUCGUUAAAAUAAUUACUUAUAUUUACUACCCAUGUGAGCUGUCAGUCGUGUAAAACUAGAUUAAUAACUUCCUAUUUGUACUUAACAUUAAAUAUUCAAGCUCGUAGAAUACUUAGUAAGUUUUUUGAAAAUAUGUUUUAUUCACGUGUUUACUUACUUUAUGCUAAACAUUUUUGAUAAAAACUACAUACCUAUAAAAUGUUUGCCUGUAUAAUAUUUUCAAUCAUAAAAUAAGGUACUAUAUCAGUAUUUACCUAUUUACCUACAUUGAAUAUAUUUAAUGUUCACUUCACAUUAAGUUGUUUAUAUUGAUAAAUUAUUUAGAUGGGUUUAUUGAAAAAACAUAGAUUUUGGAUUAUUGAAGGUACUGAGUAUCUAAUCUUUAUUCGUGGGAAAACUAAAUUACCACAAUUUAAUAUGAAAAAUAAAAGAGGAGAUCAGUAUUUUUAUUAUAUAAUAGACAUUUUUAUUUUUAUCUACCUACCUCUACUCAAUUUUGUUCCAUAUCAUAACAAAUUUUAUUUGUUAGAUAAUAAAUUUUAAAAGUGGCCAGUUUAAUAAUAGUGAGAAUAAUAGGUACAAAAGAAAUGUAGUCUAUAUAAUUAUGUAUUACCUAUUUACAGAUACUAUGGAAUUGAUACCUAGGUAUAUUAUUUUACAUAUUUUAUGCUUUUUUUUUUUUAUAUUAUAUAACAUAAUAUUAUAUAUGUAUAUUACAAUAUCCACAGCAUAUCUACUAAUAUAAUAUUCAUAAGCAUGUGCAGAGCAUCCAGUUGGAAUAAGCAAAACAUUUUAUAAGAGUACAAUGACCUACCUUGUCUAUAAUCAGUUGGGUACACAGUUGUUGACACCAAAGUCGGAAUUUAAUAUUCACUAGGAAGUAGGAUUAUUAUUUAUUAAAUAUCUAUAUCUUAAUACAUUUUGGUAUGGUUUUCUAAUGAAUAGUAAAUUAAUAGGUCAAACUGUGUAGAAAAUUACCUACUUUAAUUUAUUACCAAUUAUUUAUAGCAUUAUAGUAGGUACAUAUUUAAGUAUUCAUUUACGUAUUACAUUUAAAAGUAUUAAAAAUCGACCAAAAACAUAAUAAUGUUAAUGAUAAAAUACCUAUGUAGGUACCUACUUAGGGGGUAAAUCACUUAUAAAUACUGUGUACUCCAGAUUCCAGAAUACCUUGGUUUUUCCAAUGAUUAUCAAGAUUUCUUGUAAGAUUACCAAACAUGUGAACACUGAUUUCCAUUAGUGUUAUCCUCUGUACCUACUUAAAGUAUUUCACUUUAAAUUUCUUUGUUCAAUGUGAAAUACAUAAAAAUAUCAACAAGUUUCUAAAUGUAUAAUUGGUAUAAAUUGUUUUUUUAUUGCUUUUGAUUAAGUACUUAAUACAUUGUUUAAAUUUAAUAAUAUAAUAAUACAUCUACACCUGUUCAAUUUUUAAAUUAUUUAUUAAUAACUAUUUGUGUAACAGAAUAAAAUUUAAAUAAUGGAACGUAGGUAAUAAAAGAAUUGAACAUACAAUAAUUAAUUUAUACCAUAAAUAGAUAUCUGACAAUUGUAUUUUAUCUAAAUCAUUGUUAGUAAAAAUGUUAGGUAUCUAGGUAUUUAAUAAUGAAAACAGAAAAAUUAAUUAUUCUAGUAGUUCUUAUAAUAUCUCUGUUAAGAGGACUAAGCCACCAAAGUUUUAUCCAUCAUUAUCUAUUGCACAAAAACAAUCACGUCCUCAAAGAUCAUAAAUUACUGGGAAGUAUCUUUAAAGCUAAGCACUUAUAAUUUAUUUGAAAACAAAUAAUAUUUUUGAGGAUAUUAAAUAAUAAUAAUUAAAUACAUUUUUUUUUAUGAAUGUGAUCUUUAGUUAUUUGUAUAACCGAAGAAAAAAUAGUAUUAUUUAUUAAUUAUAAGAUUAAUAAGUUAUUAAUUGUUACCCCAAAAAAAAAGGUAUCUAUUCAUACCUAAUACAAAUAUUGCUACAAGUUGUCUUCAAAGACUAGAAAAUAUCGUUACUUUUUAUUGGUUUGUUUCCACUAUAAUAAAUAUGAAUGAUAAACAUAAUAAACCUUGAUGUCUAUAUGACAUCAAGUUGAUUUACUUUCAAAGUAUGUAGGUAUAAAAUGUAGAACAUUUUAUUUAUUUUAUGUAUCUAUAAAGACUAUAAAAGCAGAUUACAUUUUUUUUUAUGUAUACUUAUAUUUGAAUUUAUAUUUUAUUAUCAGUAUGUUAAUGCUAAAACGGUUGUGACUGAUUAAAAGAAAUUCCCCUCCCCCUCCCUCUUAAAAAUGAAAUUAAUAAUUUACUAAAACUUUUCAUGAAAUUUGAAUAAACCCUCAAUUAUAAUUCUUUUUAAUUUAAUAAAUACAUAUCUAAAUACAAUAAUUUAUUUUCAGGUAUUGAUUUCAAAAUUAAAACAGUUGAACUUCAAGGGAAAAAAAUAAAACUUCAAAUUUGGUAAGAAUUAAAUUUUAAUAUUAAGAUUAUUUUCAUAUUACUUAUGGUUGUUGUUGUGUCUGGUUAUUUAGUUUAUUAUGCACAUAGUUAUAAAGUAUAGGUAUGAAAUUUUACUUAGGUCAUAAAUAUGAUAAACAAAUUGUUUGUAUCACAAUAUAAAACUCCAAUCUUAUAUUAUAAAUGUUCAAAUGGACUUUUUUUUUUAUAAUUAUGGGUAUUUAGUAUUAUAAGAGGUAUUAUAUUUUAUGUUAGUAAUUAGGAAUAAUUGUAUUUUAGGGAUACAGCAGGACAGGAACGAUUCCACACUAUAACUACAUCCUACUAUAGAGGAGCUAUGGGAAUUAUGUUGGUAUAUGAUAUCACAAAUGAAAAAAGUUUUGAAAACAUAGUUAAAUGGCUACGAAAUAUCAAUGAGGUGAGUUUUUAUUUAUUUUUUACAAAUUUUCAAUCCGUAUGCAUGUUUUGGCAUGAUAAUCAGAUCAUAUUGGCUUGUGUCCAUAACAAAAUGUAAAUACAAACAGCAUAAAUAUUGAAAAAAUAAAAAAUAAGUUAUAUAGCUUAUGGCAAUAACCAUUAGGUAUUUAAAUUAAGUUAGUUUCAUCUAAACGAUUAUUAAAUAACUUUUGUUUGACAUAAGAUAUUAUUUUUUUUAAUAUUAAAUAAAUUUUAAGAGUUGGUGUUUGUAUUUUUAAAUGCAUUUAUUAUUGUAUUUAAAAAUUAAAACUAAUGGUGUACCUAUAUUAUUAGUCAAUGUGAUUAUUUAAAUGAAUCAAAUAAAUGAAAAAAACUUUAAAGCCAUUAUUUCAUUUAUAUAAAACCAAACACCGACCUCUUAAUACAAACAUGAUUAGCUUUAGGUUUAUUAAAAUAUCAGUACUCAACAUACUACUAUUUGUGAGUAUGGAAGUAUUUAAUUUAGAUCUUACCUUAGUGGCACAUAGCUGGUUCAAAGUAUUUACCUCAAGAAUUCUUAAAAAUGCAUAUAUUUGUUAUAUGUUGUAAUUUAUUACAACAUCAAACCUAGUUUUAAUGGAAUAAUAUUCAUUGUAAAACAAUUAUUUGUAAAUUAAAUUAUAUAAAUAGGUAUAUAUUAGAUUUAUAAUAGGUACUUAUUAAUUUUAUACAUUAAAUUUAAUAUUUAUUCUUUAAAAUAAUAUUAAUUGCUAUUUAAUUACUCGUGUAUUUUUUUUCAGCAUGCUAAUGAAGAUGUAGAAAAAAUGAUUUUAGGAAAUAAAUGCGAUAUGGAAGAUAAACGUGUUGUGGUUAAGGGCCGAGGUGAAGGAAUCGCUCGUGAACAUGGUAUUUCUUUUUUGGAAACUUCUGCAAAAGCUAAUAUAAAUAUAGAAAAAGCAUUUACCGAACUCACAUUAUCAAUAUUGAACAAGACCCCUGGACGUGAACCUACUGACGUACCUGAAAAGAUUAAUAUCGAUAGAAAAUCAGAUAGAUUGUCUAAUCGGUGUUGUUGAGUAGCAAGUAUUAAUACAGACAAUUUUUAAUGAAUACUAUCAUAAUUAACAGAUUUUUGUGAAACACCAAGAUGAACAGUUCUGCUAAGCCCUCUAUGAUAAAACUAUACGUACAAUGUUGUUUGUAUUGUGUACUUUUAAACCUUUUUAUUUUUUUUAAGACCUAUUAGACAAAAUAUCAUAUAAUUUAAACGCCUAGCAUAAUUGUUGUCUGUAAAGCUGUUCCUUAUCAUACAAAGAAAAAUAUAUUAUAUAAAUAUUUAUGUUACCAUUAAUAGUAAUACUUAAUUGUUUUAAUAAAAACGAGAUAAUCAUGACGUCAUCGUAAUUGUCUAGAGAUUAAUGUAAGUGGCUUAUAAACCACAAAAUUGUAUUGGUUGUCCUCGGGUGGAAGUUAAUUAUUAUUACUUUUUUUUUGUAAAACCCUAUUUAUCAAUUUAAACAUAAUAAAUGAGUGAGCUAAUUUCAUGUAGGGUUGUAAUAAAUUGUAAGAUUGUUGCUUAUAAGCUCAAAGCGUUCAUAAUGGGCUGUAAAAAAAAAAAAAAUUCAAUUAUCCAAUUUACCUUACUACUAAAAUAUAAAUAUUUUUGUACAAAUAAUAUUUAAUAAAGUAAUUUCAAUGGGCCUUCGGUUGAGUGUACACCUAUGCAGUGCGGCAGAGCCGCUGCUAUAGAUCCUAUUUUUCUGCCUACCUAUAUAUUUGUGUCCUGUUAUAAGAUUGUUGACAGCUCUAUGGUGACAGCGCUGUUGCACCGCUUAGAUGUACGCUCAGUCUAAUACUGUAUUAUUUUGUAUUCCGUUUUGCUUCUAGUGUUAUAAUAUAUUUUUUAUCGCAAUUUUUUUUGUUGUUGAUUUAUUAUUAAUUUUAAAAUAGGUAUAAAAAAAACACUCGAAUUUGGCUGCAUUUGCAACUUGUUUCUUAUUCUUUGUUUUUUUUUAGCGGCUUGUUAUGUUAUAUAAAUAUAAUAUGUUUUGUGUUAAUGAAUAACAAUAUUUUUUAUUUCACUUUAUAUCCUAUGCAAGUUUUUAAUAAGGUACAUAUGUCUUAUAUUGUGUUAAUUCUUUAAUAAAUGUUUUUAAUACUCUUUUAGAUACAACUGGUUAUUUUGACUUUAUUAAAAAUUACUCAUUAAAUCUCAUAAUUGUAUGUUUAUUUCGUACAUUUGACACUGUAAAUUAGCACUGAAACUUGUGCAAAAGCUUAAUCAUACUGAGAAUUAAUGUAUUUGGUAUCUAUUAUUUUUUCCCCCUAAACACGUAUACUAACUUUACGUAUUAUAUGCGUAUAAAAUAUCAUCGGUGUUGAAAAUAAUAUUACAGUAUGUUAUGUAAAAACAUCAAACCA